AGAAAAAAGAAGUAGAAAAUGACCUUUGACUGUGAAAGAUAUAAUACCUGGAUAAUAUACUUAUUUUUCUUCCUUUAUUCUCAUUCGGACAGAGAAAAACAAAUUUAGUUUAGAGAAUGGGAAACGAAAGCUCGAAAGAAUCGUCGUCUCCUUUUCCAGAAUCGAAGGGUUCGUCUUUGUCGUCGCGGCUCAAAGACCGGCUUCACCUUCACAGUAUUCGCCGUCAUCUUCAUCUUCGCCAUGGCAGCGGCGGUUCUGGUUCCUCUGCAGUCAGGAAGCUUCUCGACGCCGAUCAUUUCGCCGGAAUCGCUCUCCUCACUCUCCUUCGCGCGGAGAUGGAGUUCAAGGACAAGUGGCUUGCGUGUGUUUCUUUUGGGGAACAGACAUUUCGUACCCAAAUCUCCGAUCACACAGACAAGCCAAUCUGGAAUUCUGAUAAAAAGCUUCUUUUGGAAAAAGAUGGACCUCAUGUUGCUAGGAUAUCAGUGUUUGAGACCAAUAAACUGUCCAGCAACAAAUUAAUAGGAUAUUGUGAGAUUAAUCUUCUUGAAUUCCUAACACAGGGUAUGAAUUCUGAUUUUGAAAUCAUUGACCUGUUGGAUCCAUCGUCAUCAGACUUGGUGGUUGGAAAGAUCUAUAUUUCAUGCUCUGUUGAGGAUCCAAUUGAAACUGAAACAGGUUUUGCGAGGCGCAUCUUAUCUAUAGUGGACUAUAAUCAAGAUGGAAACCUUUCAUUCUCUGAAUUUUCCGACUUGAUUAAUGCUUUUGGGAAUCAGUUGGCGGCAGAAAAGAGAGAGGAACUCUUUAAAGCAGCUGACAAGAAUGGGGAUGGUGUAGUUAGCAUGGAUGAGUUGGCCGCCCUCCUUACCGUUCAACAAGAAAAGGAACCAAUAAUGACUUGCUGUCCUGUCUGUGGUGAAUCUCUUGAUGUUUCUGAUAAUCUGAACAACAUUAUUCAUCUAACCUUGUGCUUUGAUGAAGGAACUGGAAACCAGGUUAUGACAGGAGGAUUUUUAACUGAUUCACAGGCUUCAUAUGGGUGGAUUUUCAAACUGAGUGAGUGGGCCCACUAUUCAUCCUAUGACGUUGGCUUAAAAUCUGGCUCAAGUGCUUCCCACAUUUUGGUAUUUGAUCGAAGGACAAAGAGGCUUCUUGAAGAAUUAAUUGAUGGGAAAAUCGUUUUGUCAAUGAGAGCCAUUUACCAGUCAAAGAUGGGGCUUGGGCUUAUAGAUAAAGGGGCAAAAGAGCUCUUGCAGAGCAUCUCUGAAAAGCAAGGGAGGAAAAUGAGUUCAGUGGAAUCCGCUAAAGACAUACCAAAUUUUGUUGACUUUUUCAAGGGUCAAAUCAAUUUGGCUGAAGCCAAGCACCCUUUGGAACACUAUAAGACAUUUAAUGAAUUUUUUGUGAGAGAGUUGAAGCCUGGUGCAAGACCAAUUGCUUUCAUGGAACGUGAUGAUGUUGCUGUAUGUGCCGCUGAUUGCCGUUUGAUGGCAUUUAAAUCUGUAGAUGACAGUCUAAGAUUUUGGAUCAAGGGUCGAAAAUUUUCAAUAAAAGGCCUUCUUGGGCAAGAAGUAUGCUCCAAAGCUUUUGUUGAUGGAUCAUUGGUGAUAUUCCGUUUGGCGCCGCAGGACUAUCAUCGUUUUCAUUUACCUGUUUCUGGAACCAUUGAGAAAUUUGUUGAUAUACCUGGGUGUUUAUACACAGUUAACCCCAUUGCGGUGAAUAGCAAGUAUUGUAAUGUGUUCACAGAGAAUAAGCGAGUUGUAUCGAUUAUUUCAACUGAAGAUUUUGGAAAGGUGGCGUUUGUAGCAAUUGGAGCAACGAUGGUUGGCAGCAUCACCUUCCUAAAAAAUGAAGGUGACCGUGUAAAGAAGGGAGAACAGUUUGGAUAUUUCUCAUUUGGUGGAAGCACUGUAAUAUGUGUUUUCGAAAAGGAUUCCAUUAAUAUUGAUGAGGACCUCCUUGCAAACAGUGCUAGGUCACUGGAGACGUUGGUUUCUGUUGGGAUGAAGCUGGGUGUAUCGAGGAAAGCGUCCGACGUUGUAUUACCAAACUUAGAAACCUGUUCCAUACAGGAUUAGAGUACUUUGUUAAGUUAGAAUUAUGGUGGAUAAUUAGCUCCAUAUUAGUCUAAAUUUGGCAUGGAAUACUAGCACGCUUUAGAGUUGCAUAUUAUGUAAGUUAUAUAUUGUUGAGUUUGGCGACACUCUGGAUCAAGUAAAACUGAAUCCCGAACCUAUGCAUUAUUGAUUGCCCAAGGAAAAAAAAAGUGUAUUUAGGCUUUAUAUUGACUGCUUAAUGGUAAUAUUAAUCACCGUCAGCCUCUUCUAUUGUUUCUAUGUUAAUUUCC